AUGAUAUUGUACUGGAGAAUGCGUCUGACUUACACCACUUUCAUUACGUGCACCAGCACGUAUGGCACAGAGACGGAGCCGAAUACCACCGGUAGAAUGACCAUCAAUGUUCUCGGCGUGGAGUUGGUCACUGUACCCUUUAAAGCGGAUCACGUGUCACCAGUGAUGGAACUGUUUUACAUUGGCACAGAAGACUCGAUUUCAGGCAUCAUAACAAUAUUGACUACAGUUGUUCCAUUGAAGCAUGGGUAUAGACAGUUUGAUUCGGAUGCUAUGAUCAUGGUGAAUUGUCAGACACCUAAGCGCCAGAUAUUGACCCGCAAUGACGAGGCAAUUGUCAGGUAUCGGCGCUUUUGUCAAAAGUUUUACACCAAAUAA